UGUCAGUCGCCGCCGCCGUUAAUAUUUGUCGGCGCAGGGCUCAGAUCUGUGUGUAAUACGGAUUGGUGUAAAAAUAUCGAAAGAUGUUUUUAAAUAUAGCUAAAAUCGCCCAUGGUUAUAAAUUUAUUCGUUCAUAUUCGCAUAAUGCAAUUCCAGUUAAAAUAUCAUGUAAUAUAUUUGAAAGCGAACAUACAGAUAAUUCAAAACCGCCCUUAAUGAUAAUGCAUGGACUUUUUGGAUCAAAACAAAACUGGAGAGCAGUUAGCCGUUCUUUAGAAUCAAAGACGAAUAGAAAGAUAAUAUCUUUAGAUGCAAGAAAUCAUGGAGAAUCGCCCCACACAAAUGAACACAGUUCUAUGCAUAUGGCUAUUGAUAUUAUUGAACUUAUGAAACAAAUGGGCAUACCCAAAUCCUCUGUAAUGGGACACAGUAUGGGAGGAAGGACAAUGAUGUUUUUAGCUUUAAGAUACCCAGAAUAUGUAAAAGAUGGAAUAAUAGUUGAUAUUUCUCCAAUUUCUGUGCCUCGUGACUUUUUUGAAAUGGAACAGAUAUUUCAUGCAAUGAAAAACCUUAAGAUUCCAACGGACCUAACAGUGGGAGAUGGUAGAAAGUUUGCUGAAUUGGAGUUAAAAAAGGUUGUAUCUCAAAAAGAAACUGUGGACUUUAUUCUUCUGAAUUUGCGUAAAAAAGACGGAUCAUUCUCUUGGGCAGUUAAUGUCGAUGCUCUACAUAAAAAUUUAAUGCAAUUUACUAACUUCAUGGAUGAAAUAGCUGGACUAGAUCCUUACAUGGGAAGAAUGAUGUUUGUAUGUGGAAAAAAGUCAAACUUUGUUGAUCCCAAAAGCUGGCCGCAAAUACAAGAAUUAUUUCCUAACUCCGAGAUCCAUUGGCUUGAUGCUGGACAUUUAGUACAUUUUGAUCAACCAUCGAAAUUUGUCGAAUUAUUGGUUAAGUUCCUUAAUAAAUAAAAAGUAUAAAUUUUUACCGAACUAUGUACAAAUAUAAAGCUUCACGCGAUAUUUUUGUAA